AUGAUGGCAUUUUCUUGGAGUCAUUGCAUCAUCUGCCAGAAAGAUACAUUAGAAGAGCUAAGAUGUCCAUUAAGAUCACAUGGAGCAGAUAAGAGCGAUCCCAGAAACGUGUAUAACUCGUUUCUACAAAAUGUUUCUGAGUUCCGUGAUUCACUGGAUGUAAUAUUGCCUGUUAGCCUUACGCUGCUGCUCGAGCUAAAUGUUGAUGCCUUGAUUGAAAAAGAAGCUGCUUGGCACAAGUCUUGCCAUUUACAAUUCAGUAAAUCUAAACUAAAUAAAGCAAAGGAAAGAGCAGCUCGAAAAAGGAAGCAAGAUCAAGCAAAGCCAGAGCGGGAGAAACCAACCAAAAUCUGCAAACUGUCCUCUAGCAUAAAGAAGAACUGCAAAGAGAACUGCAUAUUGUGUGACCAAACUUGUACUGGCCCGCUUCAUAAUGUCACUACUUUCGCUACUGAUGAAAACCUUCGCCGAAUGAUAACAGAACUACAAGACAACACACUGUUACCUAAGAUUUCUGGGGUUGACCUUAUUGCAGCUGAAGCAAAAUAUCACAUGAAAUGCAUGACAAACCUGUGCAACCGCUAUAGAAGUCACUUAACACGAGCACGACAAGAAUCAUGUGAAGAAGAUGAGAAAAUGAAGGAAUCUCAAGCCUUUAUCGAGUUAAACGCAUAUAUCGAGAGUUCUCUCGAGAAUGAGAAGUUAUUUUUUUUGCUUUCUGAGUUGCAUUCACUUUAUGUAAGUCAGCUUCUAACCCUAGGCAUUCAAAAACAAGUGAAUAGAACUAGACUUAAAACCUCGAUACUGGAAAACUUCCCAGACGCUCAAGAGCAAAAUGAUGGAAAGAAUGUUGUUAUAAUUUUCAAGAAAGCCAUACAGGGCAUUGUGAAAGAGGUGGGUACAGCAAAGAGACUUCUCAGAGGACGCUGUGAUUCUAGCUAA